UCUUAUGAAACCCAUGUAUUAUAUAAUCUCGUAGAUGGACUCACACAUAUACCGCCCUCUACUUUAUUUUGCUGUCUUUUAAAAAAGAUGUCCAGAUAGUCAAUGAUCUAACUGAGAGGAGCCAAGAAAGUCAUAGUAGAUACUUGUGGCAAGGUGUAAUGAUCAGUGGCAACCGAUCAACUGAGGAGAGAGUAGAGUUAGGAAAAUCUUUUAAUUUGAGUUCAAAGCAUAUUUUAAAUCUGGUUAUAAAUAAUGGAAACUAUUCAGGAGUGGGGUAUGAGGAGUUUAACGUAUGUGAGAAUGCACUUCUUACUGAGACUGAUGCCAUGUAUGCUGGAGAGAAACAUGAUGACCAUAAUAUGUCAGAGAAAUCACAGAGACAUUAUGAGCAUCUUAGUCAGCAUCUCAAGAUUCCACCUGUGCAACCUGUUGAAUAUAGUGGAAAAGGAAAAUCCUCCAACACAGUGCCAAUAAUAUUUACAUGUAAGAAGAUUCAUAUGGGUGAGACCACCUGUAAAUGUUGUGAAUAUGGGAAUGCCUGUAAUGAGUCAGCUGUCAUUGCCCAAGAGAUAACUCAGAUAGGGAAAAAAUUUUUUCAGUGUGAUGUAUGUGGGAACAUACUCCAUAAAAAGGAUAAACUUACUCAACAUCAGAGUAUAUACACAGGAGAGAAACAUGAUAAAUACAGUGAAUGUCACAAAUCUUUUAUUAAGAAAUCAUACCUUAUAUCAUAUCAUGGAAUAUAUAUAGGGAAUAAGCUUUAUCCAUGUAAUGAACAGGAGAAAUUUUUCUAUCAGACCUCAGACCUUACUGCGCAUCACAGAAUUCACACAGAGGAAAUGUGCUGUGGAUUUAAGUGUGGCAAAAAUUUUCAUGAGACUGUGCUUCUCAACUGUCAUCAGACAAUUCACACAAAUGAAAAAUCAUGUGAAUGUAAUGGAUGUAGAAACUCUUCCUACAGUAAUUCUGCCUUUACCAUUUAUCAGAGAACUCACAUGAAUGAGAAUCCAUAUGAAUGUGAAGAAUGUCAAAUUUUCUCCAGUAAGUCAAAACUCCAGAAGCAUGAGAGAAUUCACACUGGUGAGAAACCCUUUGACUGUAAUGCAUGUGUAAAAAGCUUUCACCAGAAUUCAAACUUCAGCAAGCAUAAGAAAAUUUAUAAGGAAUGUGGAAAAAAUUUUAACCAAAAGUCAGACCUGAUGAGACAUCAGGGAAUUCACACAGAUGAGUACUCAUAUGAAUGUAAAGAAUGUGGAAAAGCUUUUAACCGAAAGUCAGCCCUCAACAAGCAUCAAAGAAUUCACACAGGUGAGAAACCAUAUGAAUGUAAAGAAUGUGGAAAAGCUUUUAACCAAAAGUCAAACCUCAGCAUGCAUCAGAGAAUUCACACAGGCGAGAAACCAUAUGAAUGUAAAGAAUGUGGGAAAUCUUUUAACCAAAAGCCAGCUCUCAGCAGCCAUCAGCGAAUGCACACAGGUGAGAAACCAUAUGAAUGUAAAGAAUGUGGAAAAGCUUUUAAACACAAGUCAGUGCUCAGCUUGCAUCACAGAAAUCACACAGGUGAGAAACCAUAUGAAUGUAAAGAAUGUGGAAAAGCUUUUAGCCAAAAGUCAAUCUUCAGUAGGCAUCAGAUAAUUCACACAGGUGAGAAGCCAUAUGAAUGUAAAGAAUGUGGAAAGUCUUUUAACCGCAAGUCUGUCCUCAGCAUGCAUGAAAGAAUUCACACAGGUGAGAAACCAUAUGAAUGUAAAGAAUGUGGAAAAGCAUUUAACAGAAAAUCAGCCAUCAACAAGCAUCAUAGAAUUCACACAGGUGAGAAACCAUAUGAAUGUGAAGAAUGUGGGAAAGCUUUUAACCAAAAGUCGCACCUCAGCAUGCAUCACAGAAUUCACACAGGUGAGAAACCAUAUGAAUGUAAAGAAUGUGGAAAAGCUUUUAACCGAAAGUCAGACCUUAAAAGUCAUCAGACAAUUCACACAGGUGAGAAACCACAUAAAUGUAAAGAAUGUGGAAGAGCUUUUAACCAAAAGUCAAAACUCACCAUGCAUCAGAGAAUUCACACAGGUGAGAAACCAUAUGAAUGUAAAGAAUGUGGAAAAGCUUUUAACCGAAAGUCAUACCUCAGCAGUCAUCAGACAACUCACACAGGUGAGAAACCAUAUAAAUGUAAAGAAUGUGAAAAAGCUUUUUACCACAAGUCACAGCUCAGCAUGCAUCAGAGAAUUCACACAGGUGAGAAACCAUAUGUAUGUAAAGAAUGUGGGAAAGCUUUUAACCAAAAGCCUGCCCUCAAAAGCCAUCAGAGAAUUCACAAAAGUGAGACACCAUAUGAAUGUAAAGAAUGUUCAAAAGCUUUUAAAGAAAUGUCAGCCUUGAGCAUGCAUCUGAGAACUCACCCAGGUGAUAAGCCUUGUGAAUGUAAUGGAUGUUGAAAAACCUUUAACCAAAAGUCAUACUUCGGGAUGUAUCACAGUACUCACACAGGACAAAAACCUUAUGAAUAUAAAGAAUGUGGAAAAGUUUUUAACCAAAAGUCAGACCUCAGCAUCAACAGAAUUCAUACAGGUGAGAAAUCAUAUGAAUGUAAGGAAUGAGGAAAAGCUUUUAACUGAAAGUCAAACCUCAGCAUGCAUCAGAGAAUUCAAGGUGAGAAGCCCUGUGAAUGUAAUGAAUGUGGAAAA